AUGAGAGGCGAGGAAGAACCACCCUGAAGGUCCUUUUCAUUGGGCGUGUUAUUUUUCAGUUGGUCACACACAGGCCCUCACUAUGAAAGGUUUCAUGGCUGCCUUCUUCGUCUGGACUCUGAUUUCUGCCAACCGUGAUGGUGGCCAAGCCUGGCCCACACACACAGUCUGUGAGGACGGGAGCUUAAAAAUACUCUACCAGAGCUGUGAUCCGUUACAAGAUUUUGGCUUUUCUGUUGAACAGUGUUCCAAAUAUUUAAAACCAAAUCUCAACAUUAGAUUUGGAAUCAUUCUGAGAGAGGACAUCAAAGAGUUGUUUCUUGACAUAAAUCUCCUCACUAAAGGAGCAUCCAUUUUGAGUUAUUCCUAUCCCGUCUGUGAAGAGGAUCUACCCAGGUUUUCUUUCUGUGGAAGAAGGAAGGGGGAGCAGAUUUAUUACGCUGGCCCUGCCAAUAAUCGUGGAUUUGAAAUUCCUGAGGGAGAAUACCAGGUUUUGCUGAAACUGUAUAAUGAAAAGCAUUCCAUGGUGGCCUGUGCCAAUGCCACCGUCAUUAGCUCCUAAGCAGUUCAGAAACACAGCUGUCUGUCUCAUGGGAACUCUGAGCUCCUCACACUGCACCUACUGUCUAAGAAGAGCCCGCUGACAACAGAGAGAGCUUCUCUGUUGGUGACAAGGGUCGCCUCAGGUGCAGGCUCUGACUUUAGCCCCAGGACCAGGAAGCCCCAGCCUCCACAGAUGAAAUGAAGCACCUGAAUGUCCUGCUUCUAAGGAGCCUCCUCUCCUGGGAGUCACUAAGCGCUCUUGAGGGUCCAUCCGUUUUCUCCUUGUGGUACCUCACACGAGAUGCCCCUGCACUUCAGCUCCUAGGAGCACUUCCUCAGUGACCCAGAAUAAAGAAACGUGGCCCACAAUUGUUCCUGUGGUUGUUCAAAGAAUCUGAGUACAGUACUGCAGUUAUAAGGUAAUUUCCUCCAGACAGAGUGCUGGGGGCUGGUGUACCAUAUGUAAUUCUAAGAGAUUCAGGAUGGCAGCCCUGCCAAGUUAGAGGGCAUGCCGCGUCCUUGGACCACGAGGGCCCAGAAGCAGAUGAAACCUCAUAAAGAGCGGCAUCAAAAUCUUACUUGACCAAACCUCGUUAUAGCCUCAUCUCCAAAAACAUGGCUAUUCUUGGCUUCAGCACACGAUGGCUCUCAUUAGUAUAUUCACUAAUUCACUCAAUGGAUAACUGCUGAACACUGUAGAGCAGGCCCUGUGCUCAACACUUAGGAUACUCCAGGGACCAAAAUAGACACUGCCCCUGCCUUCACAGAGCUCGCAGUCCCCUGAAAUAUUAAAAAGCCACACGUCGACCAGUGGACACAUUCAUUCACGUACAGAAACACUUCAGUGCCCUCCGAAGUGGGCAGCGUGACUGUCUCUGUCAGAGCCACUUUGGCAGCCCCGUCUUCUCCUGUCCCACAUGUGCAGAAUUGCAUGGGGGUCUCCCCAGCAGCCCCUUCACCAUCCUGGGCCCUCCUCCCCUUCCUUCUCCUUCCGGUAUUCAUGGGCCCAACAACUAAGGGGCUGCUGCCAGGUGACUGGCUUAACUUUGUCGUUUGCAGGUCUUUUCUACCCAUAAAAGUGCCACUCUGUUAGAGAU